AUGUGUUGCAACUACGGCAACUCCUGUGGCUAUGGCUGUGGCUAUGGCUACGGCUGUGGCUAUGGGCCCUAUUAUGGCUGUAGUUAUGGACCUGGCUAUGGCUGUGGAUAUGGCUGUGGAUACGGCUCCUGCUGUGGCUAUGGCACCAGAUAUGGCUGUGGCUGUGGCUAUGGCUCUGGUUAUGGCUGUGGUUAUGGCCUCCGUUAUGGCUGUGGCUAUGGCUCAGGAUAUGGCUGUGGCUAUGGCUCCUGCUGUGGCUAUGGCACCGGAUAUGGCUGUGGCUAUGGCUAUGGCUCCAACUUCUGUGGCUACCGGCCAUUUUUCUAUAGAAGAUGUUAUUCCUCUUGCUGCUAG